UAUCACUCUGCCAGAGGACUCUUCAGGGGAUACCAAUUCCCCGUGUCCCAUGGCAGAGGGAGUGGUGCCAGUGAUGAACGAGGACUACAUGGAGGGUCAGGAUCAGUGUUCUCCCUGCACGCAGUUAUCAUUGGAAAUCUCUGAUUCUGCCACACCCAGUCCCAUGUUCUACAUGACGAGGGCGGCAUCUGCGAAACCUGCAAGCAUGUCUUGGCCAGCAGCAAAAGUUGAUCAUCCAGCUCCUUCUCUGCCAUCUUUCUUCCCUGCUCAUCCCGGCAGCUCAUCAAACAAAGACUCAAGAAUGGAUGUGGCUAUACCAUCGUCGCCGACUCUGCUGCACAACUGUGCAACUCUUUCUUCCGAAGGGCACCUAACCAGAGUCCGAAAGCGCCAAAGGAAAACGAGGAAUGACUUGGUUAUGGAAUUGUCGAGGAUAGCAGACAGGAGGGUACAGACAGCCACGGACCGGAUCCUGUCCUCCCUGAAUAGGUACGCCACGGCAGACUUGCAGGACCGUGAGAGAGACCGUGCAGACACUGCUCAGAUCAUUGCCAUCAUGCACCGCCAGACAGAGCUGCUGGAAUCUCUGGUGCAGAUGCAGUCCAUCGAACAAACGCCUGUCUCCCCUGCGCCCUCCUGGCACGCCCGGCCUCGUGCUGCCAUCUCGCCUCCCUCUCGUUCAGGGGUCCCAAGGCGGACGCUCAUACCCAGAGUGAAUCACAGGAGAAGGCCCCAGAAGUACAGCCCUUAAUUGCACGGCUGCAGUUUUG